GGUGGGUGUGGGGAAAUAUGGGGUGCACACACCAAUCUGGAGGUAUUAUUAACGCAUUCGAUGACAGCUCAUUGCGCAAAGAGAGCUCUCGCUUACGUACGACUUAGAAAUAAGCGCGCUAGGCGGGGCGACUCCCGUUAAACAGCAGAGCGCAUAAAAAGCCCGGCGCGAGCCUGAGUGUGGUAAUUUGAGCAUCGUGCCAAAAAAAAGCUCCUUUCGAUCAGGACCAUGGAGAGCUCGAGCAUCGCCUCGCGCGCUCUACUACUGCUGCUGCUGUUAGUGUUGCGGAGUUGUGCGCGAGCGGACGAGGACACCGAAGUGGACCUGGACACAAGAGCCAUCCGAGACUUCUAUCCGAAAGACCCAAAUCUGACCAGCGAAAAACAGCUGCUUGGGGCUCUCCAUGAAGUUCUGGAAAAGCUUCAGAUGAAAAGAAUUCCGCCUUGGGAGAAGAAAUUUGGACAGGUUCCUAUGUGCGACGUUGGAGAGCAGUGCGCAAUCCGCAAAGGCUCAAGAAUCGGCAAAAUGUGCGACUGCCCGCGGGGAGCCUUCUGCAACUUUUUCCUUCUGAAAUGUCUGUGAGGAGGCAGACAGCAUUUUGGAGCAGUUUAAUCGAUGUAUCGCAAAAGUAUUCAAUUCAUUUGUAUAGAUAUUUUUUUAAGUGCAAGAACAUGCUGAAGAGGUGUGUGUGUGUGUGUGUGUGUGUGUGAAGUCCUGUUCAUCUGUUCAUGCACUGCACGCCUAUAAUAAUGUCAUGAAUAUGUAACAUGUCUAUGUUUUGUGUAUUAAAGUGCACCGUACCUUCUUUUGUAAAGUAGUUUGUGUAUCUGUUACUUUCGUAUCUCAAUAAGCGGGUAUAAAAAUUUCAUUGUAGGUAGGUUGAUUAAAAAGCUAAGCAUCCACGUAUACUAAUAACGACACUUGAAGGUUUCUUACAUUACGGAACAGUUAGGUGGGAAAAAGAAGCAAUGAAGCAAUAGAAAACAAAGCUGAAAUUCUUGAAAACACUCUUUUAAAAGUAUUUGUUCUGGAGAAGACACACUGAAAAAUGCCCAGCGUUGAAUAAGCUCUUACAGUGUUGAUUUAUGGCAAGGUGGACUCAAAUAUAAACACUAUGAGUUAUAAUUCAACACUGGAGAUUUUGUUAGGCAUAUUUAGCACGUUUGACCAACAUUUUGAGUCUCUCUUUCCUGGACACACAAUUAAUCAGGGGAAUUUCUUUA